GGCCAGAUACAGAUACUCAGAUACUGACACUCAGAUACAACUGAAAUCGAACUGAAACGUCGCCUCAGAUACUCAGAUCCACUCGACGAGAACGGUCGUAGCCUGCUGCCGUCGGAUGUCGGAUUUGUCUGCCGAGCAGUCUCGUAAAUGCCAAGAACCUCGAAGUUCUAAAGAUUGUUCAAGUGCUGAAGAAAGUGCUUAAGUUCCUGUGAGUGUACGCGAACCCGAACGCGACCACCCUGAGUCUAUAGUUCCAAGUUCUCAGUGCAAAUGAUAGAAAGCCCAGUUAAUAAGUUCGUGAGAUAUCAAUUUACUUCUCCUGAUAUCUAAUCAGUUUUCGCAAAUAAAUUUAAUAUUACUCGCGGUGAAGCAUCGUCCAAGAAAUACAAAAUAAAAUAAAAUCAGACUGAAACCGCCGUUUGUGGAUUACGCGCUUCCUCCUCCAAGAAUUCCCAAAUCCAAUUUCUUCGGAUCCAAGCUAUGGCAAGCGUCCAGCCGGAGAAACUCUACAUGCACCUGAGCGCAGCGGAGUUGGCGGCAAUUAUUAUGAAAGAUUCACCCAAUUCCAACGACCGUGAUGCGGGCUUUUGUUCCGCCAGCUCGGAGAGCGAAGGCGGCGAUGAUUUGGCCGUCGAGCACGCCGCCGAGCACGGCAGUGGCAGUGGCAGUCCCGCUCCCAACUCACUCGGACCGAAAGGAGCGCCGGAAGAGUUCGGAUCGCCGGAGUGCAAGCCCAUCGCCGUGAUCCGCAACAAACGCAAGAGCUCGGAGCCCUCCAAGGUAGUCGGCACCAGCUCGGGCUCCGGAAGCCUGCCCUGCCCCUGCCCAGGAAGCUAUAGCAUGAAUGCCACGGGUCCGCUCAAGAAGCGCAUCCGCUACACAUCGUCCGCCGACUCCGCCGUAGUACUCACCCCUCCGGCUGUGGACUCGCCGCCCCCCGUACUCCCGAGUGCCACCUCCUCUAUGCGCUUGCAGGAGCCCGCGCAGCCGGAGGCCAUGCCGAAUCCGGCGCACGUCUUUGUCCGCCACCCGGGAGUCACCACACUGCACAGGACGUUCACCCCCCACCCGGAGCAGCUGGAGCCCCUGGCUCUGGUCACCAAAAGGAAGCUCUCCACCGCGACAGACAGCGAAGUCAAGCCGGAGACUGAACUAAGUAGGAAGUCGCAAACUGUGAAGAAGUCGGUACAGAAGAAGGUGCCUAAGGGAGCGCCGUCCUCGCCCUUGCAGGACCUCAGCCUGAGCGUCAGUGACGAGGACCACGUAUCCCACCAGCCCCCACAGCACUCGAACCAGCACCAGCAGCGGAACUACAAGAACAUGACCAGGGAGCGCCGCAUCGAGGCCAAUGCCCGGGAGCGCACCCGAGUCCACACCAUCUCCGCGGCCUACGAGACUCUGCGCCGGGCUGUGCCCGCCUACGCCAGCUCCCAGAAGCUCUCGAAGCUCUCCGUGCUGCGGGUGGCCUGCUCCUACAUCCUGACGCUGAGCCGGAUGGCCGGCGAGGACUACAGCGCCGACCAGUCGGAGCCCUCGAUCGCCGAGUGCAUGGAGGCCGUGACGGCCACCAUCCAGACGGAGGGCAAGGUGAAGCGCAGGAAGGACGAGUGAGGGGCGACGGACGAGUGCGUCCCACAGCAUUCCGGCCAUAGGUCACAGGUGGCCAAAUAGCUUUAAAAGUUUUCAAAGCUUUGUUCGUAGUCGUAGCAGCCGGAUCGGCACGGAUCCGGAUCAGUUCGUUUUAAGAAACCGCGAGGGGAAAUCAAUAAUACGCCAUAAGCACUUUUCGGUAUGCCUACUGUGUGCGAGCUGCAUUGUACCAUAGACAUGGAUAUUUUUAGACUUAUAUUUAGCGUAGAGUAGUGCUAGCAGCGAUGUGAUCCUAAUUUAGAGUCGCUUUUUACGGAAACUUUGACAAAUAAGCCACUAAACUGUUAAAGGCAGUACAAAGUAGUCAGCACCAAAAGACAAUAAUCGUUA